CAUAAGUGGGUUAAAUAAAUAAAAACGUAUUUUCUCUAUCAAUUCAUCUACUUUUCUUUCUUCUCCCUUAGACAUCUGAUUUACAACCACAAAAUCACUUUCUCUUGUAAUGGCUUUUCCGAUCUUUUUUCUGCUUUUCCUCUCACUCAUUGGUCAUUCAAGUGGUCUUUACUGUGUAUGCAAAGAUGGUGUGAGUGAUAAACUCCUUCAGACGGCAAUUGAUUAUGCAUGUGGAGCUGGAGCUGAUUGUAACCCUAUUCUUCAAAAUGGACCUUGUUUCCAACCCAACACUGUGAAAGAUCACUGUAAUUAUGCUGUUAAUAGCUAUUACCAGAAUAAGGGUAAUGUUCAAGGAAGUUGUGAUUUUGCUGGUGCUGCAUCAACUACUCAAACACCACCAAAUACACCAUCUGGAUGUGUUUACCCUUCAAGUCCUGGAACACCCUCAAGCCUUUCACCGCCCGGUUCGAUUCCAGGCGCGGCGGGCAGUCCUACUGUGAUUGGAAUGGGUCCAUCUGCCACUGGUGAUCCCUCUGGAGCUGGAGUGUCUUGCAUGAAAAACACUAGCACCACAUUGCUAUUUUUCUUUGUUGUUUACCUUGUGUUUAGCAUUUAGGGUCUGAAAAUAAAGGUACAAUGCUAAUGCUACUAGUUAACUAGGAAAAAACUUUAGGGAGGGUUUGAUGUGUGGAUGAGAUUUUGCACAAAAUGGUGAUGGUUAAUCUGUCGUUAAUUUUAUUUAUGAGAAUCGUCUAAAAGCAAAACCUAGUUUUGUUUUCUUUCUCCUAAGUUGAAAAGAAAAAUAGAGGAUUUGAUUCUUUGUUUA